GCGGCACGCAUGCGCGUAGCGGGGCCGGAGAACAUAAAAGUUGUCGAGGCGAGAGCGGGAGCUGGUGCGCGUCGGCGCGGAUCGCAGGCAUCGCCUUUGUGCGCUUCACGGGCCUGCUAACAUGACAGAGCCGCAGUCGGUCCUCCUACUCCGCAGGCAACUGGCAGAGCUGAACAAGAAUCCUGUUGAUGGUUUUUCAGCAGGGUUGAUUGAUGACAAUGACCUGUACAGAUGGGAAGUACUUAUCAUAGGUCCACCUGACACUUUGUAUGAAGGUGGUGUGUUCAAAGCUCAUCUCACCUUUCCUAAAGACUAUCCCCUCAGGCCGCCAAAGAUGAAAUUCAUCACAGAAAUCUGGCAUCCAAAUGUUGAUAAGAAUGGCGAGGUAUGCAUCUCUAUUCUACACGAGCCUGGUGAGGAUAAGUAUGGGUAUGAAAAGCCUGAAGAACGCUGGCUGCCAAUCCACACUGUGGAGACUAUUCUUAUCAGCGUGAUUUCAAUGUUGGCAGAUCCAAAUGGAGACUCACCGGCUAAUGUGGAUGCAGCGAAAGAGUGGAGGGAAGACCGCAUUGGCGAAUUCAAAAGGAAAGUUGCACGCUGUGUAAGAAAAAGUCAGGAGACGGCAUUUGAGUGAAUUUAUUCGGCAGAAAGCCUCAUUUCAAGGUCUCCAAUUAAAAACUAACAUGGCACUGUUGACUUUCUGCACUCAAGCCACCAACUGUUGGACUUCAAGCUAGUAAAAGUUGCUAAUCCUGGAUUGGCAUUCUGGAGCAAUGAGUGAAAUUUGCCAUCGUUGUGGAGUCAAGCUAUUGUGCCAACUUCAGGGGUGGGGAAGGGAGUGAAAACAAUGAUGCAUCAGGAUUCCUGUGAACUGCUUUGAUCUUCAGGAGUAAUUGUAAAGACCUGUACAUAGCAUAUUAUCUGGAGAUUCUAUAUACAGUACUUAGAUGCCCACGAUAUGCAUUGUACCAAAUUAUAGCUUAGUUAGAAAAUCGUGUAAAUUCUAAAAAAAAAAAUUAGCAGCGGGGCUUUGUGCAUUCAUUUUUCUUAAGUUUACUAUUAAAUAAACUUGUUUAAAAAAGGGUCCUGUACUGUUAAAAAAAAAAAAAAGUUGCAUUUCUCAGUUUUUAAAAUGGAUUCAAUAGUGAAAAUGUUUUACCAGCUAUUCUGGCACUGCAUAGACACUUAGGUGCCCUCCAGUAUUUUGACCAUGAAUAUAUAUAUUACAGAUCUUCACAUAUUUAAGAUGCCAAUACUUGUGGUUUUACAGUGAUGGGUUAAAGUUUAUACCUGAAUUUGUAAUUAGGCAGGUGAAUUCAUUAGUCUUCACUGCCUAACUGAUGAACCAAUUUUUUCUGAAGCUUGGUCUCUUGAAGAGUGUCUGGAGUAGGUUGUGCAUGUUUAGGUGUAGACUUUUACCCUUCUAGGUGGGCAAUCGGAGGAUUUUUGGUAUUAAAAAUGCUGUUGUGUUUUUCUUUCUAGCUAUACUGCAGAUUUUCUGCCUGAUGUACAAAGACAAAUGGUGAUGUAUAUUUUCAUGUAAUUUGGUUUUUGGAAUUCUGUCACAUGUAGUGAAAGCUCUUCCAAAAUACAAUUGUUUUCCAAUAA